GUCAGAACGCAAACAUUCAAAUCACAGGCAGCUCGUAAAUCCUGACCAGAUAAAAUAUUCCAAAUUUUUAGCCAACAUGGCUCAUCGAAUCAAGCUUCGGGCCGACGACUAUGAUGUUGUCGGCGCUGUUCCACGUGAUCUUUCGGUAAUAAAAAAUUUUUUAAAGCGAGACUGCGCCGUCAAGCGCUUAAUUGAGAUUGAGGAAGACUUUCUCAAUAAAUGCUUGCAAAAGAGGGCCGAAGAGGAGGCCGAAGAGGCGAAACAGAAAGCCAAGAAGUCACAAAUAGGAGCCAUCACUCAAGAAGAAGAGGUGACAGUUCCGGAUCCAUGUACGAGUACAUCGCCGCCUUCUGUCAAUGCAGCCGACUACUGUGAUCCAUGUCGGCGACUUCAGACUUCUGUCGUCCUGGAAGAGCUAACAAAACCGGCCAAUAACAAUCCUGCUUUCGGCUUUGCGCCGUACUUCGAUGAGGAAACUGUGUUGGAUAAGUCGCAGCCGAUCAAGUUUCGGUUUCGCAGAAAGCGAAGCAGCUGCGACACUGAGAAUCGAUCGUCGCUGCCCUGCGUGCCGACCGAGAAUACAAACGUUAUGGUCCUCACCAACAUCAAUGACAUAAUGGUCUGGCCCAGCCAAAAGGUGGCUCAGAUGAAUCGUGUCCCAGUUACCCUAUUAUCGGGCGUGGGCGAUCUGACUGAGUACAUGCUGGAGGAGGAGACAAUCAUGUAGAAAUUUUGGAAUAAAUAAAAUGUUUUUGACUUAAAAUUUUAAAUCAGAUCAAGAGUAAAACAAAACCAGUCCUAGACAAAGCCGAAGUGAAUAAAGAGAAGAGAGAGAAGAGAAGAGACAUCAGAGAAAAUAUC